AGCUGGCGAGCCGUGACUGGGAGAGUUUCAUCUAACCGUUGAUUAGCUGAUGUAUUUAGCUGCAGUAUUUACAAUAUUAGUCUUCCCAUCCGCAUAACAGCAAGUGGAGGGGAAUUCACUUAAACUGGCAGAGUAGAGAUGGACGGAGACGACUGCAGUUUUCCUCCUGAUUCAUCAGAUGGUCACUCGCAGAGAGGAAGUGUUGCUUCCUCUGCAACUCUCUCCCGUGCUCAAGAUGUGCUUGUAUACCUCUGUGGUGACAGCGCUGUGCACCUAACAGUAGAAGGGCUUGGCAGUGUCUCUGUGCAGGAGUUGGGCCGCAGUGUUCGUGAGGCUCUCCAUAUUCCUGAGACUGCACAGGAUGCUUUUGCUCUUUGGUUGUCUUCUCCCCUGCUCGAAUUACAGUUAAAGGCUAGGCAUCAACCAUACAAGCUGUGUCGUCAGUGGCAGGACUUGCUGUAUCGUUUUACUGAAGCCUCAGAGGAAGACAUUUCACAAGAUGAACCGUGUCUCCAGUACCGUCGGAACGUGUAUUAUCCUAAAUCUAAAGAGCUGCAGAUAGAGGAUGAGGGAGUGCUCAGGCUCCUGUAUGAGGAGGCCAGGGGCAACAUCCUCAUGGGCCGAUACCCCUGCGACCCCGAGCACUGGACCACACUUGGAGCCUUGUCUCUCGCUAUAGAUGAGGGAACUGGUCUUGAUGGGCAACAAAUCACUACUACUAUAAGAGGGAAGAAGCUGUCUUCUUUCCUGCCCGUACAUGUUGCCAUGGGCAGUGGGGGGUUGCUCUCCACUCUGAGAGGGAAGUCGAGUCGUCAGACGGGGCUGGAGCAGAACCUGUUGGAGGAGUACAGAAAGAUCAGCUCACCUGCUGGGAACUCUCCUGAGCCCACACAGCUCCUCCACCAGUACCUCAACACAUGUCACAACCUGCCUUACUAUGGGUGCGCUUUCUUCGGUGGAGAGAUUGACAAACCAGUGCAAGGGAUUCUCCAAAGGGCCAAACGCAAAGCUGUCAACGUUGGGAUCUGCCUGGAGGGAGUUUAUGUGAUGGAUGUAAAAGAGAAGCAUGUGCUGCUGGGUCUGCAUUUCAACGAGCUUUCCUGGGACCACAGCUACCCCGAGGAGCAGGGGGACUCACACAUCCUGUGGCUGGAGUUUGAUGGAGAGGAAGACGGCACUCCUGUCAACAAAUUGCUGAAGAUCUAUUCAAAACAGGCAGAGCUAAUGAGCGGCUUCAUUGAGUUCUGUGUGGAGCUGAGGUCUGCGUCUGAGGGAGGAGCUGCAGCCGAGAUGGACGGAGAGGUGGGGGCACAUCAGCAGCCUGGGGGGCAGGACGGCAACAAGAACGGACGAGGAGGACGGCGCGGGAUGCUGCGCAGGCAGAGCAGCGUGGUCUGCAGUCGGGUCCAGUCACUUAACACUAUCAGCUACGUGGACAAUGGAAAAGAAAUCAAACGUUUGAAACCCAAGCGAGCCGCGUCCUUCUUCACCCGCCAGGUGUCUGCAGCCACGUACUCUGCAGCCACGUACUCUGCUGUGCAGGUGACGGAGAGUCUGGAGCAGGGGUAAACUCGCCAGAGGCCCCAUGCCUCUCACAGACCAAACCUGAACACUUUACACUGAUACUUAAGGAGAAGACUUGAUACAAGCCUGAGACAUUUAAUUGAAAAUAUAUGAACAUGCAAAGGACCAAGUGAGGCAUCUAGGUGUGAGCGACAAUGUUUAUCCUCUGAAGUUGUGUUUAUAUUAAGAAUACAGAUAUGUGAAAAACAAAAAGGGUCUAAUAACCUCUACUCUUCUGAGGUCGAACUGAAGGGGCUAUUUUCUAUUAGGUAGCCUUACAUAAAGAAACUAUAAUGACAUUUCAAAAGAGCAGACCUCCGCCAAGGCCAGUGGUGCAUUCACAUGCUCCCCAAAGUAUCCUGUUUCCAACUGCAGUAUGUUCAUUAGCAAAGAUGUGUUGUAGUUUAAUGCUAACAGUGUUUAAAAAAAAAAAAAAGAAAGAAGGUGAAACCUGUUUCCAUUAAGUGUCCCAAUUUGGAACACGUUUUUUAAGUUUUCAAACACUUUAUGAAUGCAGCAUUAAUGUAUCCACCCUGUGAUUUGGAUGUCAUGGGUUCUUCGUUAGCACAUGAUACACCCUUCCACUAAAUGUCCUGAACAUGUCCUGAAUAUGUGGCACUUUUCCCGUAAUCCUGCUGAAAGAUAAACUUAGCUGUGAACUAUCCUUGGCGGAGGUGAAUAGAGCGUUCUCUGAGCAACUUAUGAUGAUCUGACUUCAUGAGACUAAGUUAGCCCUACAGACAAUGACUCAGUUGAUGACUGUAUAUCUCAUGACCGUUCUGACCUUUCUGCAGCACUCAGGAGCUGCGUUUACUGCAAUUCAAAAAUGUAAACCUCAUUCGAGUAUAACCACUGCUUUACCUCUUUUGGGGGACUUUGACGUAAAAAAAAAAUAUCACAAUACACUCUUUUUGUGAGAGUUAACACACUCAACAUGACAAACACUGUCAGGGGACGAUAUAAGGGCGUGCUCUCAACUUUUCUGCUUUUUCAAACUGCCAGUGCCUUGUCCUCAUCUAAGGGUGAAGACACUUUAGAAAAGUACUGGUAGAAACGUUGAGUGGUUGUUACUGAGUCCGUAUAGAAGCACUGUGUCUGUGCUGGGGAAGUAUCUCUUCUAUAUUAAUUCGUAUCAAAUAAUUCUGCUGUGAACGUAAAAAUGAAUAGGAUAAAACGGACAUUUAACAAAAUCUCUUGUAAGCAAUUAUUGAAUCAAAUCACCAUAGUUAUGCUACUGAAUGAUAAGCAGGUUCAAGUUUAAAAGGAGAACAGAAUAACAGCAGCUUGGCAGAAUAGGUGCUCUUUGGAUCCAAGGACAUGAGACCAUCCCUUUUUAAGACGUUAAGUUUAAAUGUGAAGGCUCUAAGCCCAUUUAUUUGAGGCUUUCUGAUUUUUGCGAAGCAGUUUACUUUGUGUUCUUUUGUGAUUACCUGUUGAUCAAAGAGCUAAGUAGAAUUUAACGGAUCUCUUUUUGAUGGUCAAAGUUUCAAGUGAUGCAUCAUCCAUGGCACAGCUCGGACUUGAUUAUCAAAGUAAAACAGAUGCAGAACUGAUGAGAAAGAAAAAACAACCUCCUUACUGUUAGCACUCUACUACCUGUGGACCCCGCGUUGAAAUAAUUGUUUCCAUUGCAAACACAAAAAUGGGUGACUACGAUGGAUACACUUUUGUUUGUACAAAAUUGUGGCCUCCUGUUUUUUGAAUUUUUCUUUUGUUUAGAAAUAGUACAGUUUUCAUAAUGUGUUAAGGAGCAAAACUGCUUCUAUAAAAUAAGACAUUUCUGAGAUUCAUUUUCAAAGGACAGGACUAUGUGCUCUGUGGCAGACCAACUGACCAAUAACCUCUGAAUAUGCUGUUGAACUCUGUCUGUACACCAAAGCAAGCCUUCUAACGUGCUGCAACACAGUAUGCUACCUUAAAGCCAGACCUCAGUCUCCACAACAUGUUAGAGUCCCUCCAUUUGCCUCUCUGAACUUCACCCUAAACAGGCCGUUUCUUUCAUGUACUUCAACAAACAAGCUCUAAUCACUAAUAGCCAUUUUUACCCUGCCUUCCACAUCAUGUAUUCUUCCUGAUUUUUCCACAGCAUGCAAACUGACAAAUAUUUGUACUUUUCUUUAACUCAAUAUGUCAGCUGUGUCUGUAACCUACCUGCAGCAGUCCACUUAUUGUUGCUAACUUACACUAUGCAUGUCACAUUGUAGAAUAGGCAUUCCACAUCAGACUACACACACCUGAUACUGCACUAUUAAUACUAAUACACUGUUUAUAUACUUGUUUUUCUAUGGUUUGUGAGCUUUUACACGAAAAUAUUUGUAUUUCAUUUUCAUAUACUUGUCAGUGUUCAUGCACAAGAAUGAAGCAAAGAAAUAGGUAAUUGUCUUCUCAAGCAAUCACUUUGCAUUAAGUGCCUUUUUGUUUGUACUCAGUUGGCGUCUGAAUGACUGUUUUUGGUGCUUGGAAACCAGGAAUGGAUAUUAUUGCUAUGGUUUAAAAAAAUAUAUAAUCAUGUUUAUAAUGUAUUUCCACAUUUCCAGCUACACCAUAUAUUUCAUAUUUCAUACUGUAGCCGAUGUGAGUAUAUUGAUAAAGUGGAUGACUACACUGGGCUGCUGUUGAACAGUGUGAUUCCUCUCAAUGGAGUGGUUAAUCUGCCUUCAUUAGAAUAUGUCUGAUAUGCUUUUUUUUCUUUUUUAAAUAAAUUGAUGCCAGGCCUAUCCAUCUCUUAAAGGUGUGUGUAAUACUUCACCUACUUAUGUGUGAUUUUAUCGAAGCACUAUGUUUGUAUUUCUAUACAUGUUGACACGUUCUACAGUAAGUGCUGCUGAAUGUAAGCCUAAUGAUCUCAUUUAUGUGAGAGGCACCGAAGAAAGAAAUGUCUCACCAUUAACCUCUUUCUUCUAAAACCUUAUAUGUUGCUUUGCGCUCUUCUCAGAUAAUACAGUUGUAGAUUUAUUUUACGGUGAAAUCAAGAACGUGUUUGUUACAAAUUGGUAAUAUAAUGAGGGAUGUGGUUUAUCGUUGCUCUAUGAUUAAUGUGUAAAUAAUUUUCAAUGCACCUAAUAAUAUUGUAUUUACUUUAAAUGAAUACUAAUAAGUUGAACAAUGCCGAGCAGAUCACAGGUUAUUAUUCCACUGAUACAUUGUUGUCCAUAAUGCAAUAUUAUAUAGUCUUUUGUCAGAUUUUCAGUCUUUGAUCAAUAAAAGAAAAGUGUUUUUUU